AGUCAGUCGCAAUGAGUCAAACACUUGUUUUGAACCAUUCGAUCAUGUCGGACAAAUGCCGUCGUCCGAUGAGGCUCAUAGCAGAUACCGAAGAUGCCUCGGAGACCGAAGUCUGCAAACAGGAGGAAGAGUUCAACGAAAAAAAGAACAAUUAUUCUUGGAAAAGAUAGCGAUGCUCCAGAAGCAGCUCCAGCAGGUGGCUGACGGCAGCCAUCCCGAAUAUCAGCGAAGGCUGCGGAGAAUCGAGUUCGUUCACCACGAGAGAAAUCUAUUCAAUGAAGUCUGGAGACAAUGUGAAAUCGAGCGAGUCCAGGCCGACUGCGAGGCUGAGCGUAGUUUGGCUCUGGCGGAUCUCGAGGAAAAGACUUCGGAGCUCCAGGACGGGCUCAUUUCGGAAUUUGAAGAGAAACGUCGACACGUGGAACUCGAGAGGAAUGUAGUGGAGCUCACAGGGGACCCACAGGAAGUCAAAACCGCUAGUACGAGAAAACUCCGACGCCGACCAAACGAUCCCGUUCAGCCGCUGACCCAGGAGAAACGACGGAAAGUUUCGCCGAGUCAACUCAAUCUCUUAUUGGACGAGGGAGACAUCCUCGAGGACCUUAAGACCAUUCAGCGAGGCAAACAGGCCGUGAACCGAAGAGGAGAUUACGAGACAGAUCUGACAGACAUCGGGAACUUCUCGGCCGCCGUGAUGUUCCAGGAUGCGAAAAUCGAGCACAACAAAUUGUUCUAUGAUAAGAAAUGGCAUCACCGAGGCCAAUGCGUUCAUGUAGAAUCUCGGGAGCACGGCCGCUUCAACGGUACGAUCGAAACGAUAGGAACCUCUGAAAUCAGCGUGAAGAAAGCUUCGGACAGCACUCGGGUUCGGAUUACUCUCGCUACUUUGCAGCGAGGCAAGGUAGUUCUCCGACGGAAGUCAUAAUGCCUCCGAACUCCCCGAGUUGCCUUCUCAAGUGAGCUCCGGCGGUCGGAGCUCUCAACCCCUAGGAUGUUUUUCGAAUCGUUAAUACUCUAAUAUGCGAGUUUUUAAUUAUCGUCCCAGGCUAUGGGCUCAGAUUGUUCAUGUAAAUUAGGGAAUCGAUGCCAGGUUCGCGGCUAACGCACGUCCAAUCCCGAAUCUGUGCAAAGUUCCAUUCGGGAGAAGUUUGUCCAUUAUCGUGUACAUUGUAUUCCGAAGCAUCUCGGCUGCGGAAGUGACAUCACGCGGUGCGUCGGUGACGCGCCCGCUCGUUUCGAAUCAGAUUUAGGACCAACGCGUGCGGAUGUCAGCUCCUUCCGAUAGUUUGCCGAAACGCGAGGUUUGUUGUCGAAGAGGUAAGAAUGAUGCUCGAGGUCGUUUGUAUAUUUGUGAAGAUUGUCUCGCCUCCUAAAAUGCUUUCAUGGGUCGCGUGCACGAGGAUAUCGACAGCGUAGCCGGAGGGGCCCGGCUCGAGGAUUUGUAACCAGUCAGAAGCUCAUCUAGUCAGACUUGCUCCCGUCGGGUCUGUCCCGAUACUGAAGCUGCAGUGUGAUUUCGCUUUGUGAGUCUUCCCCUCAAGGCAAAACCUUUGCGAGACACUACUGCCAUCUCAAGCGAAAAUCGCUUGGAAAAGCUCCCCACCGUGGAUACCACUCGGCCUCGCAGCCAAAAUCGAUGAGAGGAGAAAGCCGCGUGUCAACUCAUAAUUCUCGCGAUUUGCUGGGUUUGUAAUUCCUGGUGAAUUCGCUCUCAUAUCCAUCUAGCUCCUGGUAAUCUAUCAGCGUCGCUGAAACGUCAGAUUCGGUUCGGGGCGGCAGCCUGAAGAGAGCGUCAGUAGCGCCGAACAUCAUCGAUUUGAGUGAAGCUCAGAUUCGCGACAGGAGAUCGCGUUGAAGAUUCGUGCAAUCUCUCGCAAUCGGUACCAUAACGAACGUUAAAUCCUGCUCUCGACUUGGGAAAUACCUCCACUUCUCUCGGGUCCCCGCCAGAUUCUUAUCUUGUAUCGUAGAAAAAUAGACGCCGAUCCGAAGAGCUGUCGGAGGAUCCUCGGGCGAAGGCGCAGUCAAGGAGGGGUCACUUACCCAAGAUUCGAAUCCCCUUGAAAGUCAUUGCACGGUGAUCAUAUAUCCUGCAUGAUCCUGACCCGAAUCGAUAUCGGAUGAGGCAGAAAGUCGAUCUAUGUAAAUACGUGUCCAUAUGCAAUUAUACCUAUGCAGCGGGAGAUCUGAGAUGAGUCCCGAAUCCUCAUUUUUCCCCAUAUCACUCUGGCUCCGCCGAUGCGAAUCUUAGGAAAGAUUGACACGAAAAUUAGGCAGAGCAUGGAAUUUUGGAAGAUAGGGAUCUAUCCGCUAAAUUGCCCGACAUCAUG